GUGGCCCGGCGCGCCCCUUCCCGGACGGAGGUCCUUGGAGCUGCCCAAAGGCUGACAAGCGCCUCCUGCCCUGGCUCGCCGCCCCCGCCAAGGGCCCCUGGGGAGGGCCGCGCUGGGCUGCCUGGGAGGCUGCAGGUAGGGCCAGGGGGAUGCUGCUGCUGCUGCUGCCGCCGCCGCCGCGUCUGCUCUCCCGCCCUCGGGGUCGGGGCUCCUUUUCCGCUCUCUGCCCGCAGACGGAGCAGAUUGUCACCGAGGCACACACUUCCUCUGCCCUGGGCGGGCGGGGGGGCGGCCUUGGUGUUUCCUGGCGUUAAGGAGGGAGGGGAGGCAGGAAGCGGGAGGCUGCUGCGUCUGCUCCUUGUAAGGCUGGCGGAGCCGCUGCGGCUGCCUGCCUGUGAUGGAGCAGCUGCGUCUGGCUGGUGGCGAGAGCCUCUGGGGGCGGCGGCGGCGGCUGCUGCUGCUUCUCCUCCUCUGCUCCUGCCGGGGGGCUCUGGCGGCUUGGGACUAUGAUGACUACUCCGCCAACGAGACCGAGGACUCCCAGCCCCCGCCGCAGAACGGCCUCUGCCCUCGCGCCAUCCCGGCCCGGAGGGUGAGCGACGGCAACACCACCUUCCUGCGCCUCCCGGAAGCCUCCCGGGCUCAGCUCGGCAGCCAGCUCACCGUCCUGCUCCUGCCCUCCUUCUACACCCUCGUCUUCCUCGUGGGGCUGCCGGCCAACGCGCUGGCUCUCUGGGUGCUGGCCACGCGGGUGGAGAAGCUGCCCUCCACCGUCUUCCUGAUCAACCUGGCCGCCGCCGACCUGCUGCUCGGCCUCCUCCUCCCCCUGAAGAUCUCCUACUACUUCCUGGGCAACCACUGGCCCUUUGGGGAGGCCGCCUGCCGCCUCACCACCGCCGCCUUCUAUGGGAACAUGUACUGCUCCCUCCUGCUGCUGGCCUGCAUCAGUGUGGACCGCUACCUGGCCGUGGCCCACCCCUUCUUCGCCCGCUCCUGCCGCAGCCCCGCCUUCGCUGCGGGCACCUGCGCGGGCGCCUGGCUGGCGGCCGCCCUGGCCACGCUGCCCCUGACCCUGCUGCGGCAGUCCUUCCCGCUGGAGGGGAGCCGGCAGGUCCUGUGCCACGACGCCCUGCCCCAGGAGGAGGACGCCCGGCACUACCGCCCCUACUUUGCCGCCCUGGCCAGCUGCGGCUUCCUGCUCCCGCUGCUGGUCAUGCUGCUCAGCUGCGGGGCCACCCUGCGGGUCCUGCUGGGCAGCGGCAAGAGGUACGCCACGGCCGUCAAGCUGACCGCCCUGGUGCUGCUCUCGGCCGUGGCCUUCUUUGCGCCCAGCAACGUCCUGCUGCUGCUCCACUACGGCCAGCCCUGCUCCGGCCGGCGGGCCUCCCUCUACCUGGCCUACAUGGGCAGCCUGGCCCUCAGCGCCGCCAACAGCUGCCUGGACCCCUUCGUCUACUACUACGUCUCGGCAGACUUCCGGGAGAAGGUGAGGGGGAGGCUCUUUGGCCCGGGCAAGGGCUCGGCCGUCUCCCUCAAGACCUCCAAGGAGACGCUGCCCCCCGCCAGGAGCUGCCGCUCAGAGUCCCUCGUGUGAGGUGGGGGUGGGGGGCAGCCCCAUCUCUCUCCUCCCGCCCCAAACGGGCGCUUGGCCCAGCGUGGGCGCUUGGCACAAGGUGGAGGAGGGGCAGCAGGGGGAAGCUGGGGGCCCCACCCUUUCCGGGGCUGUGCUGGGCCCUUGCUUGGGUGGCCCCGGGCGGCCUGCAGCCCCAGAGAGGCUCUCCGGGCUCACCCCCCCCGCUCUCUCGGCUUGCCGGCCUUGCGGCUCACAUGCUCCGGACUGCCCGGCGGGCCUCUCUUGCCCCCUGGAACCAGCUCGCAACUCCUGGGAAGAAGCGCAAGGAGGCAGACGUCGUUUAGAAAUCCAUUUUUAAUAAAAUAUUUAUCAGCAUCUAAAUCAAA